AUGAAGUGGCACGCGCGCGCGGCCUCUUCCCGCGCCAAAGAGCGCGCCAAUAUCAGUUUCUUCAUCUUUGUCAUGUUCUUUGCGGUGUUCGGAGUGAUAGUUCUCACUGAACUCUUGCUUCUAGAGCGGCCUAAUGUGCCAGGAUCGGCGAGAUCCCGCUACAGUGAAAAUCUACAGGGAUGGGAGGGCCGGACGGAAAUAGGCGGAGGAGAGAACGGAGAGUCUCCACCCCCAGCACACGCGCCUCUUGACGCUGUUUGGCAACCAGUUGCCGGCACCAGGUACGUACUAGAUCUAGGGGCAUGGUAG